UUAAAAGUUGUUUAAAUUUUUUUUGUAGGAAAUACUGUAAACUAUGACCAUAUUGUGAGAGGAUAUAAGAACUUGCAGUGAAUAAAUUUCACUUGUGAUUGGACACCGAGCUAUUAAGACUUAUCUAUGCUAUGGCUGAGAUAGUGUGAAAGCCAAGCACUUGUUAGGACACAACGGCCAAGGAUCUUGAGUAAACAUUUUGAAAUCAUAAAUCAUACAACAUAGCUGAACUGGACAGCGUAAAAUGCAUAUUUAAACAGAGGUUGCUCAAAUGUCAAUCAACAUGAAACAAGCAUCCAAUCCAUGAAAGAUGUUCAGUAGAAGCUGCCAGUGCAAAUUUUAAAAACGUUAUGUACGCUAACGGUUACAAAUAUUGGCUGGCCUACAAGAAAGGCACUUCAGGUUACUAUCGUUGCUGUCGUUACAAGGUCAACUGCCCCGGUCGGUGCGUGGUCGACGAGGACGGCGUCGUACGGAAUACUACAGCACACAACCACCAACCGGAGGCGGACCGCGUUAUAGUGGACCGUUUCCGGAAAGUGUUGACCCAGCGAGCGGCCGCCGAAGGUACAGAUCUGCACGUUAUUUAUCUGGAAGAGGCAACCAACCGACAUGCGGAUGCUUCUCUACUGUAUACAUUCUCCCAGGCGGAGUCAUGUAUGAGAAAAGCACGCCGAAAGAUGCAUCCGCAGGAGCCUGGUAGUAUGGCUGAGUUGAAAGAAAUUUUGGAGAGUUCGGAUUGGUUCCGGAUACACUGUGGUAGCCAUAGGGACCAGUUCUAUCAAACUACCGUCAGUUCGGAGGAUGCUACGAGUUUGGUGCUGUGGCACAGACGAACUUUGGAUGCGAUGGGGAGAAUUGAUGACUUGUAUCUAGAUUGUAGUUUGCAGAAUUCUGCUGGAGGAUCUUCUAAGUACCAUGUUUUAGUAGGUUUGACUACUCAUCGAAACAGUUGCGUUCCGGCCAUCUAUUGUAUCAUGACGGAACGAAGCUACGCAGGAUUUGCAGCCAUAUUUGCAUACGUCAGGGAACAGUUGGGUGUACAGAUCAUUCCAGCUACGAUAUCAACCGAACCUGACCAUAUAAUUCAAAGUGCUUUGGAAAUAAGCUUUCCGGAAGCUACCGUCAAGGUUUACUGGCAUCACUACACGGCAGCGGUGUUGGAACAGAUGCGACAGCUUGGUCUGGGUCGUGAAACUACCAAAGGACAUGCAUGCAGUGCGUUGAGGAUGCUGCUGGUACUACCGCUUCUUCCUGACAACUAUAUGAAUCAUGGACUGGAGGCGUUGAGGAAAUGGAUGAAGGAGAAAGAGGUGCUGACCGAAAACUUCGCCAUUCUUUGCGACUUCGUUCAAUACUCGUGGUUGAAUUCCGUUGGAGCUAAGCGAUUAUCAAUAUUCGGCCAAAUACAGUGUACCUCAAACCUGGUAAAAACAUUCCUCCGGGAACUUCGCAACCAAAGUGGUCUACAGAGAUGCUCAAUUUGGCAAAUGUUGGAAACAUUGGCGCAACUGGCGACUAAACAGUUUGUUAAACUAUCCAAGAAAACCAAGCGACCGGCGAGAGAUCAGCCCGAGAAAACAAAAAGCAAAAUUCAGCUGCUACAGGAAACGGUAAUCAGUCAAGCAACGCAGCAGUGGAUUAGAACACCCGUUCAUCUCAGGAAUCCCCUACAAUUUCUUCAGUUGUGCAGUCAUUGCAUCAAUGACGCUAUGAUUAUGGAAUCGUUUCCCAAUAUAAAGAACGAUGAGCAGUACUCCUAUAGUAAUAAUAUAUCCUUAAACGUGCCGGCGGUACCUCAAACAUGUUUUCAAGAGUCACCUAUAUUGACUGGCACAACUCAACAAACUGGCAACGUCUUACCACCGCCAGUGGAUCCACCACCGUUGGCAUUUUUCCCCAAAAUCAGGCAAGCUGAAACAAAUCGGAUUGCUGCUCAAUUCUGUUACGGCCAGACGGAACCUCCGCCACUGGUGCCCUUCACUACCAGCAGCAAAGAGCUACAGAUGCAAAGCGGUAAAAGAGUAUAUGAACCUCCGUGA